AUGAGCAAUUCAGAGCAUGAAUUGGAGCUCUUGGUCAAGAGCUGGCUCUCCAUAGAUAGUAACCCAUCCUCCCGUAAAGUAAUUGAGGAACUUUGGGAAAAGAAAGAUUAUGAAUCAUUGAAGUCAAUGAUGAUGCCAAGAAUCGCAUUUGGAACUGCUGGACUUCGAUCGGAAAUGGCGCCCGGAUUUGCACACAUGAAUGAUGUUACGGUUCUCCAAGCCGCCCAGGGACUUGUGGACUACUUGCUAGAAACGGGCGAGAAGUCAAUCGUUAUUGGUUAUGACCAUAGGUACAAUUCCCAGCGGUUUGCUGAGAUAACCGUUAGUGUUGCCAUUUCUAAGAAACUAAAAGUGUUCUACUUGGGUUCUACUACAAACCUUUCUGUUGAAUCCUUGCGUUCCUCAUCAAAAAAGUGGAAUAACAACGACCGUGAUUCACGCAGUUAUGUUCAUACUCCAUUGGUGCCGUUUGCAGUCGACCAUUUCCGUGCUGGAGCAGGUGUUAUGGUUACAGCAUCCCACAAUCCAGCUAAGGACAACGGGUAUAAAGUAUACUAUAAAAAUGGAUGCCAAAUCAUUCCUCCUCAUGAUAAGAAUAUAGCACUGAAGAUUGAGGUAAAUUUGCAAUCUUGGUCUGGUGUUCAAGAUGUGGUUUCUCACUUUGAAAAUGGGAUAGAAUCGGGAUUGUUAAAGGCUUGCAAGUCAGAAAUUGACAGCCAUUACAUUGAAAAAAUGAAAUCUCUUCUUGUUCAUCGAUCUCUCGACUUUGAAUUCGUCUAUACUCCCAUGCACGGAGUAGGUCUCGAGACCGUGGAGCCAGUUACCAAUCUUUUUGAGAACCCGAAAAUGUCAGUUGUUCAGCAACAAGCUGUACCAGAUCCUUCGUUUCCCACCGUCAAAUUUCCCAAUCCUGAAGAAAGCGGUGCUUUGGAGCUUGGAAUUGCCCAGGCCGAUAGAGAAGGACACAAGCUUGUAGUAGCUACUGAUCCCGAUGCUGAUAGAUUCAGCGUUGCAAUCAAGGAAAAAGAUGGAUGGAAACAACUCACAGGAAACGAGAUUGGAUAUCUCUUUGCAAAGUUCAUUAUAGAAAACACCGACAAAUCAGAAUUGAAGAGUACCUACCUUGUGAACUCCACAGUUUCGUCACAGAUUCUCAAGUCUAUGGCAGCGCAUCAUGGAUUCAAUUUCGUUGAUACUCUUACUGGGUUCAAGUGGAUCGGUAACAAGGCAAUUGACUUGAAAAAAGAAGGAUACAGCGUACCCUUUGGAUAUGAGGAAGCUAUCGGGUAUAUGUUUGGUCUUGUUAACGACAAAGACGGUAUUUCUGCUCUCGUCAUUUGGCUCCAACUUUAUCAGCAGUGGUUUUCCAGUGGUAAAUCAGUUAUUCAAAAAUUAAACGAAGGUUACGAAAAGUACGGAUGGCACAAGGAAUGCAAUGGAUAUUACCGAGUCAAGCAAUUGACCCAAACGAACAAAAUAUUCACAACUGUACGGCUGCAAUAUGACAAAGCACCAACUACAAUUGGAGAUUUUCAAGUUGUCAGUUGGAGAGACCUCACAAUUGGAUACGAUUCGUCCACACCUGAUAACAUCCCAACAUUGCCAGUAGACCCGUCAUCUCAGAUGAUUACAGGUGAAUUACAAAAUAGUGAAGGACUCGUGCGGUUCACGGUGCGUGGAUCUGGAACAGAGCCCAAGAUUAAGGUAUACAUUGAAGGACAAGCCAAGUCUGAAAACAAUGCAAAGUCACUUGCUGUAAAAUGCUGGACCACAUUAAGGUCGCUGUGGUUCGUGGAUAAAGAUUUGGUCGAGGUUAGAAACAAUUAG